AUGUAUUUACCGAGCUGCUUCAACUUCACGCACAAGCCUGACUUCGGUCCGACUCUGCUCCAGGACCAGCCCCUCUCCAGCCGCGGGUUCACCGACUACAAAGGCUACUGGCCCCACCACCACCAAGGGUCCAAAUGGAGCACGUUCCCGGCCCAGCACAGCCCGGCCCAGCUCAGCCCGGCCGAGACGCUGUACCUCCGGGAGCAGACUCACACGGCUCCGGUGCGGCGGACGCGGCAGGACGCGCGGUGUCUGCGCGCGGCGGCGGAGAAAAACGUGUUGCCGCGUGCGUUCGACCAGUUCUUUGAGGGUUCUGAGGAAGGAGGCGCUAGGAGGCCCAGGGGGGAGAGAGGGGAGAGAGGGGAGAGAGGGGAGGAGAAGGAGUGUGGAGGAGAGAGGAGCGGAGAGGAGCACUCCCCAGGCGCACAAACAGGACUUUAUGGAUCUCACAUCUGCAGGGGCUCGUUCUGA